AUGGUGGGCCCGGCCUGCCCAUCCUGGGACACGUGGCAGAUACCGCCUGCCCGUCAUGGUAACCGCAGCGGACGCCUUCCCACCCAUUCUGGGACAAGUGGCGGACGCCUGCACGCCCGUCCCGGGACCCGCGGAGGGCCCAGCCUUCCAGUCCUGGGACCAUUGGCGGACGCCUGCCCGCCCUUCCCGGGACCCGCAGCGGGCCCAGCCCUUCCGUCCCGGGAGCAGGGGCGGACGCAUACCCGCCUUUCCAGGGACCCGCGGCGGGCCCGGCCCGCUCAUCCCGGGACCAGGGGCAGACGCCUACCCACCCGUCCUGGCCCGCCCAUCUCGGGACCAGGGGCAAACGUCUGCCCCCCGGCCCAGGACCAGCGGCAGGCCCGGCCCGCCCGUCCCGUGACCAGGGGCGGACGCCUGCCUGCCCGUACCGUGACCCACGGCUGGCAUGGCCCUCCCGUCAAGGGGCGGCUGCCCCUGCCCGCCUGUGACGGUACUAGUCCGUCCACGGACCCGCGGCUGCCCCUGCCCGCCUGUCCUGGUACUAGUCCGUCCACGGACCCGCGGCUGGCCCGGCUUGCCCUUCCCGGGACCAGAUGCGGACGCCGCCCUCCCGUCCUGGGACCAAGGCCGGAUGCCUGCACGCCUGUCCCAGGUCCCACAGCAGGCCCGGCCCCCCUAUCCAGGGACCAGGGGCAGAUGCCUGCCCGCCCGUCCCAGGACCCGCGGCAGGCCCGGCCCAACCCUCCCGGGAGCAGGGGCGGACGCCUGCCCGCCCACCUGGGACCCGCGGCGGGCCUGGAGCGGCCGUCCCAGGAACAGGGGUGGAUGCCUGCCUGCCCGUCCCCGGAGCAUGCGUCCGCCCAUUCCGGGACCCGCAGCAGGCCUGGCCCGCCCAUCCCGGGAGCAGGGCCGGAUACCUGCACGCCCGUCCCGGGACCUGCGAAGGGCCCGGCCAGCCAGUCCUGGGACCAGGGGCGGACGCCAGUCCUGGGACCUGCAGUGGCACGGCCCGCCCGUCCAAGGGUGGCUGCCCCUGCCCGCCCGUCCUGGGACCAGUGGCGGGCCUUCCUGCCCAUCCCGGGACGCACGGCUUGCCCGGCCCACCCGUCUCAGGGCCAGUGGCGGAUGCCUGCCCGCCCAUCCCGGGACCCACUGCGGGCCCGGCCCGCCUGUCCCAAAAACAGUGGCAGAUGCCUACCCAACCGUCCCGGGACCCGCCGCGGGCCAAUCCCACCCGUCCCGGGACCAGUGGCGGACCCCUUCCCACCUGUUCCGGGACCCACGGCGUGCCCGGCCCGCCCGUCACGGGACCAGUGGCGGACGCCUGCACGCCCAUCCUGGGACCCGCAGCGUGCCCGACCCUCACAUCCCGGGACCAGGGGCGGACACCAGCCCGCCCGUCCGGGGACCCUAGGAGGGCCCGGCCCGGCCGUCCCGGGACCAGGGGCGGACUCCUGCCCGCCCGUCCCGGGACCUGUGGCGGGCCCGGCCCGCCCCUCCUGGGACCAGGGGCGGACGCCUGCCCGCCUGUCCCGGGACGCGCGGCGGGCACGACCUGCGGUGGGCACUGCCCGCCCGUCAAGGGGCGGCUGCCCCUGCCCGCCCGUCCCGGGACCAGUGGCGGGGCUGCCCGUCCGUCCGGGACCCACGGUGGGCCCGCCCGCUCAUCCCUGGACAAGUGGCGGACGCCUACCUGCCUGUCCUGGGACCCACGGAGGACCCGGCCCGCCCGUCCCGGGACUAGUGGCGGACCCCUGCCCACCAGUCCAGGGAUCCACGGCGGGCCGGGCCUGCCAGUCCUGGGACCCACGGCGGGCCCGGCCCGCCCGUCCCGAAACCAGUGGCGGAUACCUGCCUGCCUGUCCCGGGACCAAUGGCUGGCCUUCCCGCCCAUCCCAGGACGCGCGGCUUUCCCGGCUUACCCGUCCCAGUGCCAGUGGUGGACGCCUGCCCGCCCAUCACGGGACCCACUGCGGGCCCGGCCCGCCUGUCCCGAAAACAGUGGCAGAUGCCUGCCCAACAGUCCCGGGACCCGCCGCGGGCCCAUCCCACCCGUCCCAGGACCAGUGGCGGACCCCUGCCCGCCUGUUCCGGGACCCACGGCGUGCCUGGCCCGCCCGUCAAGGGACCAGUGGCGGACGCCUGCCCGCCCGUUUUGGGACCCGCAGCGUGCCCGGCCCUCACAUCUCAGGAUCAGGGGCGGACGCCUGCCCGCCCGUCCGGGGACCUGUGGAGGGCCCGGCCCGCCAGUCUUGGGAACAGGGGUGGACGCGUGCCCGCCUGUCCCGGGACCCGCAGCGGGCCCGGCCGUCCCGGGACCAGGGGCGGACUCCUGUCCGCCUGUCCCGGGACCUGCGGCGGGCACAACCGGCGGUGGGCACUGCCCGCCCGUCCAGGGGCGGCUGCCCCUGCCCGCCCAUCCCGGGACAAGUGGCGGACGCCUACCCGCCUGUCCCGGGACCCACGGAGGACCUGGCCCGCCCGUCCCGGGACCAGUGGCGGACCCCUGCCCACCAGUCCAGGGAUCCACAGCAGGCCCGGCCUGCCAGUCCUUGGACCCAUGGCGGGCCCGGCCAGCCCGUCCUGAAACCAGUGGCGGACACCUGCCCGCCUGUCCCGGGACCCGCGGCGGGCCUGGCCCGCCCAUCCUGGAACCCGCUGAGGGCCUAG